AUGUCGAACGAACAUCUUGCAUUAAAAGGCGUUCUUGUUGGCCAUAAUGAUUGGGUAACACAAAUCGCAACAACACCACAAUUUCCUGAUAUAGUUUUAUCAUCAUCACGAGAUAAAUCGAUUAUAAUUUGGCAAUUGAAUAAUCAACAUGACCCAACUGGUGAAAGUACAUCAUGUGGUGUACCAAGUAAAGCUUUACGUGGUCAUUCACAUUUUGUUUCGGAUGUUGUUAUAUCAAGUGAUGGUCUCUUUGCUGUCAGUGGUUCAUGGGACAGUUCAUUACGUCUUUGGGAUUUAUCAGUUGGUACAAGUACACGACAAUUUGUCAGCCAUAAAAAAGAUGUAUUAAGUGUUGCAUUUUCGGCUGAUAAUCGACAAAUUGUUAGUGGUAGCCGAGACAAAACAAUUAAAUUAUGGAAUACAGUCGGACAAUGCAAAUAUACAAUUGUCGAUGAUAACCAUUCUGAUUGGGUCUCAUGUGUACGUUUUAGUCCAAAUCAAAAAGAUCCACUUAUUGUCUCAGCUGGUUGGGAUAAACUUGUUAAAGUUUGGAAUUUAACUAAUUGCAAAUUACGUACAAAUCAUUAUGGUCAUAAUUCAUAUAUCAAUACUGUUACAGUAUCACCUGAUGGUUCAUUAUGUGCUAGUGGUGGUCGUGACGGUAAAGCUAUGUUAUGGGAUCUUAAUGAUGGAAAACAUUUAUAUACACUUGAAAGUGGUGAUAUCAUUAAUGCAUUAUGUUUUUCACCUAAUCGAUACUGGCUUUGUGCUGCAAGUGGUUCAUCAAUUAAAAUCUGGGAUUUGGAAACAAAAACAGUCGCUGAUGAAGUUAAAUCAGAAAAACAAUGUACAUCAUUGGCAUGGUCUGCUGAUGGUCAAACAUUAUUUGCUGGUUUUACUGAUAAUCAAAUACGAGUAUUUGAAGUACAACAACGUUAA